AUGAAUUCCCGCCUUGAAUCAAGAUCUGCGCAGACGCGUAAGCGCAUCGAGAACCAUACUUUCGAAGAUGAAGCCGGCGACGAGUAUGAAAGUUCCAAAUUCGGUGGUCAUAGAGAGUACAUGCGCCGGAAGAGAAUCAAGUUGCAGAACCUGGAUUCUGAGAUACGCGCUCGAUCCGAUAACCCACCUAUCUUCAAAGGCAUCGUGGUUUACGUUAAUGGCUACACCCAACCUUCGCUCAAUGACCUUCAUACCAUGAUUGUCGCCCAUGGCGGUGGCUUUGCACAAUAUUUGGACGGCAAGACUUUUGUGACACAUAUCGUCGCGAGCAGCCUCACUCCCAAGAAAGCCGUCGAGUUCAAACGAUAUAGGAUUGUCAAGCCUGCCUGGAUUGUUGAUAGUAUCGCUGCUGCAAAGUGCCUUCCGUGGGACAACUACCGCGUCGUGGAUGAAGGCGUCGGCCAAAAAGUGCUGACCUUUAACAAUGGUCAGAUUGCGAGUCAGGUCAACAGACACAUCAGAGGCUACAAGGAUCAGAGCGACAAUAGCUGGUAUACUAGCCAGCUCAAGGGCGUACGACUAGACGGUCCCAGUCGGGUGUCUUCGCCUAAACCCUCGUUCUUACAAGGUCCCNCGGCAUCCAUGAAGCCCCCGACAUUAACCCCUGAAUACGACGACAUUCAUGAUAUUGAUUUCGAGGCACUGGAAGAAGAAGACGAAGAUGAGCCAGACCAACUAGAACCCGCCACAGAAGCGCAAGAGCCGCUCGACCAAGUUCCACAGACCCCCCCUCGCACCAGCUCUGCUGAACAGGAUGCCGAGCCAGAUUCAGUGCCAUCUUACUCCACAUCACCGUACGGCCAAGAUGCUUCAGAUCUAAGCAGCUCGAAACAGACAGAUAAUCUGGACACAGAACCACAGCAGAAGACUACCGUGAUGACUGCAGAAGAGCACAACGCCAUUCUCCUGGCGGAUCCACGUCUUCGCAAAUCAACCGUAGUCAAUCCAGAGUUUCUUCAACAGUAUUACCGAGAAUCACGGUUGCAUCAUCUAUCAACCUGGAAAGCAGACCUCAAGUCGCAACUUCAGGCGCUCACAGCCGAAAAGUCUGCUUCACAGAAAACCCGCCAGAAGCGUCCCCUUGGAGCUCGUCGAUAUAUUAUGCAUGUCGAUUUCGACAGUUUCUUUGCUGCUGUAUCAUUGAAGAAGCAUCCACAACUCAAAGACAAGCCCUGUGUAGUUGCUCACGGUACUGGCUCAGCUGGUGGCAACGGGUGGAUGAAAAGAGCUCAAGAAUUGUGCCCUGACCUCAAAGUCCUUCCAUACGACUUUCCAGCCUACGAAGAGUCGAGUAGGCAAUUUUACUCCGCUAUCCUGGAAACGGGAGGUCUAGUACAAAGUGUCAGUGUCGAUGAAGCGCUCAUCGAUAUCAGCACGCAGUGCAUAGCCGUUGGUGGCACUGAUGGUAUCCGACGGUCCGAGGGAAGCAACUAUCGCGAGCAGUCAGAGGCUGAUCGAAUCGGUCGAGAUCUUCGAAACGAAGUAUUGAAACGCACCGGUUGCAAUGUAUCGGUCGGCAUCGGAGGUAACAUCCUGCUCGCCAAAAUUGCUCUUCGUAAAGCAAAGCCGGCAGGUCAAUUUCAGCUUAAACCUGAAGAUGUUCUCGACUUCAUAGGUGCUCUCGAGGUACAAAGCCUUCCUGGCGUCGCCUAUAGUAUUGGCGGUAAAUUGGAGGAGAUCGGUGUCAAAUACGUCAAAGACAUCCGCGAGCUCUCGAAGGAGAAGCUAGUCAAUACACUUGGUCCGAAGACGGGCGAGAAGAUCUGGGAGUACAGCCGAGGUAUCGAUAAAGCUGAAGUUGGCGAUCAAGUUGUUCGCAAAUCGGUCUCCGCUGAUGUUAACUGGGGCGUGCGCUUCGAGAAUCAAGAACAGGUUGACGAGUUCAUGGUCAGUCUCUGCGGAGAACUGCAGAAGAGACUGAUCAAGGAAAAUGUCAAGGGCAAACAACUGACCGUCAAAGUCAUGCGACGAUCUCCUGAUGCUCCUCUCGAUCCUCCCAAGCAUCUUGGGCACGGCAAGUGCGAUACUUACAACAAGAGCAUUCAACUAGGGGUCGCAACCAACGAGAGUGCCAUCAUGACCAAAGAAGUUUUGACCGUGAUGCGGAGUUUUGGUUUCAGUCCUGGAGAACUUCGUGGAAUAGGAAUCCAGAUGACCAAGCUGGAACCAUUGAAACCUGGUACAGAUGGCCGCGCUGGUAGCAGCCAACCGCGGUUGCAGUUCAGAUCAGCUCAAACCACAAGGACAAAGUCGAGUACUAUUGUUGAGACCGAGCCAACCGAAGAUCCCAUCACAGACGAUAUCAAGACCCCAAAGAGGAACAAAGUACGCGAUGUUGGUGGCUCAAGCUUCUUGGAUAACAUCGUCAACAAUCAGUCUCCUAGCAAACGACCCUUGAACAUCUUCGGCACGCAAUUUGCACUUCCGACUCAGGUUGACCCGAAGGUACUAGCCGAACUACCAGAGGAGAUUCGAGCCAGACUCAUCAAACAGUCACGUUCGAAUCAGAACCUCGCUGAUCAAGCCAACGGUCGUAAAAGCCCUACUCCAGCAAAGAAGCCAUUACGAUCAGCAGCAAUAACUAUGCCCAACCAAUCGCAGCUCGACCCCGAGAUCUUGAACUCGCUCCCUGAAGAUGUCCGCCGAGAUGUCAUGGCAAUGUAUCAAACCACCACAACGUCCCCACGAAAAGGACAAGACCAAACUAUCCUUCCUCAGUCGCCACGAAAGAACCGUAUCAUUGCUCCAGUCAAGAAACUGGGUGGUAGGAAACCUCGCGGUGGAGGAUUAUUCGCCAGAGCUAGAGCCAGCAACGGCAACUCGACAUUAACCCAAGCCAAUUUUGUUGCCCGAGAGACCGAUACCGAAGACGUCAGCGCAGCAGAGGAGAUUGACGAAGACUUUCUGGCCGCCCUCCCACCAGAAAUCCGCCAGGAAGUCUUGGAUGAACGAAGAUCUGCACAACUGCGCCGCUCUGGCGGCAUCGAAGCCACAAGAUCACGAACAGGGAGUAAACGACAGGAGAUCCCUGCCAACACCAUCGAACGAUUCUUUCAGCUACCUCCUCGACCGCAAAAGCCUAGUUUCACAUCCAACAAGUUGACUGAGCUUCCGGACUUGAGAAAAGCGGUAAGGGAGUGGGUCACGGAGUUUUGGGAUGAGGCGCCGUACCCGGAAGAUACAGGGUCUUUGGCCACGUAUCUGGUUGCUGUUGUCAAGCAGGAGAGGGAUGUAGCCAAGGCCGUCAAGGUGGCUAGAUGGUUGACUCUGGUUGUCGAGCAAGAUGUUUUGGAGAAGGAGGUUGGGGAUGAUGUCAAGGAGGGCUGGGGCCAGGCGUGCAUGGAUGUCCAGAAGGGAGUCCAGGAUGCCAUUGUUGCUAGAGGAUUGCCAGAAGUAGAAUUUGGUUAA